GUUAUUUGAAAAGAGAACUAUUGAUAUACUUUUUUCCCAAUCAUUUGAACUUCAUUUCCAAACUGUUAUUCACUUGUUUAACAAUAACUCAAUAAUUGUUACAAAUCUUACGACAAUUACUUUAUUGGUAAAAGUGAUGAAUUUUAUGUCCGUUUUUCGCCUUUUGUGUUGAAUAUAAGAAAAGAAUUGCUUAAGUGUUGAGUGAAGUGAUAAUAUUGAAGACAAUGGAAGCGUCGCAGAGUUUUAAGAAUAAGACUAUGGAGUCGUCGAUUCUGAUGGACUCGUCCACCAAAAGAGGUUCAUUUGUUCAGGAAAAGGCUCACCAGAGGAUACGGUCGGGCUCUUUCAUCCACGACAGUAUCAAUAGUAGUGUCGAUUAUCCCGCAUAUAUCCCGUGGCAGACACUCUCGUCAGACCUAUCGGAUAGACUUCGUCAGGGAUCAGUCAGAAUAAAUCGGAGUAAUAUCGUCGAGUGGACCACAAUUAAGGAGGAGAAUGAAAGGGCACCACUUCUUGAACACUUGGCCCGAAAGUAUGAACCAACGAGUGGUUCAGAUGAAAGCAGUGGAUCUGAUUAUAGCAAACCAGGAGUAACCGAUGCUCUACGAGGAGGUCAGGCAUUGAGA